AUGAAUACGGAUGAAGGUACACAAGUUAAAAAUGCUCAAUCGUCUAAACCACGUAUGAAUCGAAUUCCAAAUGAUGAAAUGGCAAAGGUGAUGAGAAAUCCAUGGGAUCCUUUACAUUCUUCUGAUUGGGAUGAAUGCAUUCCUACUACUAUUUGUUUAAGAAGAAUUCAACGUGAGAUUUCUUCCAUGCUGAAAGAGUCUCCACCGGGAAUGUUUAUUGAUACUGAUCCUGAUAAUAUCACAAAGAUUCAUGCUCUUAUAAUCGGUCCGUCUGAUACACCAUAUGAAAAUGGAUUCUUUUAUUUCAUAAUACGUUGUCCACCUAAUUAUCCAUUUCAACCUCCUCGUUGUCGUUUCAUGACAACUGCAAAUAGUACAGUUCGUAUGAAUCCAAAUCUUUAUCAAAAUGGCAAAUUAUUGUCCGAAAAUCCAUACCAUAAUGCACCAGGUUUUACAAAAGAACGUCGAUUAGGUGAUUCGAAAGCCUAUAAUGAAACACUAAAACACGAAACACUUCGUGUUGCUGUCUGCGAAAUGCUUGAAACUACUAAUGUAGUGCCACAACAAUUACGUGAAAUUAUGAUAAAGCACUUCUUGAAGUUCUACGAUUUUUACAUUGAUGAAUGUAACAAAAAUAUAGAUAAAGAUGGUCAACAAAUGAUAGAUCCAUUUAAUAAGAAUUGUGGUCUCUUUCAAUAUUCAUCCCUACUCACGCGUUUGCAACAGUUAAAAUAUGAACUAGAAAGUAACAAAUGUUGCAACGAAGAAGAACAGAAGUCCGACUUCGAUAUUAAUCAAGAUAUAAGUUCUUCUAUUAAUAUUGCUUCAGAUAGACUAUCGGAUUGUAGCAUAAUUGCAGAUGAAAAAGUUUUUGAUAACGAAAGAAAAGUGAACCAUAAUCAAGAUGAAGUAACAGAAGAACAUGCAAAUGAUAUUCAAUCAUCAGAAAAAAAUCUAUUAAUUUGA